AGUUAUAUAUAUGCUGACCACUGCUUCCCUUAUAUAUAACCAUUCAAGCGAUUCAGUGUUUCACCUUAUAGAUCAUUUACUAAACUGCUAGUUGAAAAGCUUGCAGAGUGUUGAGUCUCUUUGAAUUGAAGCUAUGGUUUCACUUCAAACACCCACCUCUCCAAAUGGAAGAAAGAUUGCAAUCCCAGAGCUUGAUGUUUCAUCCAAGAAAAGAAAGUGGGAUGAUGAGCCUGCACAAAUAACUGAAGGGAUUUUCGAGAAAAUAUCAAAACCACCUGAAAUCACAAAAUCCUUCUUUGAAACAGAGCUGCAAUUUGAGACUCCAUUGCCUUCGGAGUGGCAACGAUGCCUCAAUAUUCAGUCAGGACAGAUACACUUCUAUAAUACGAGAACGCAGAAGAGAACAACCAGAGAUCCAAGGAGAAGCCCUGAGCCACCAAGUCCUGGUCAUAUGAGCUUAGACCUUGAGCUAAACCUGCAGCCAUGCGAGUCACAAAGGAAAAACAACGAAAACAACCACAAUAAAAAGCAUAAUUUUGGUAGCUCCAUACAGGGUUUGGGCGAUUUGUUCAUGGAUUCAAGUAAAGGUAACAACACUUCGAAAGGGCUUAAGCGAUCUCCGUCCUGGUUAGCAUUCGAAGGAGAUGAUGGGGAAGAGAUGAUAGCUACUGUAUGCACAAGGUGCCACAUGUUGGUAAUGCUUUGCAAGUCAUCUCCAUCUUGCCCUAACUGCAAAUUCAUGCACCCACCUGAUCAGAAUUCACCUAAGCUAUUCAAGCAAAGGCUUAGUCUCUUGUGCUAAGGGGCUAAAUCACUAAGGUAUAUGUCUAAGUUUUAGGAUUAGUUCACUUGUUGACGAUGAAAUUCACUAUCCUGGCCAGGUUAGAUCUUGAUUAAGUUUUAUUCUGAUUUGUAUUAUAUUCAAUCUUUAUAAUUGAAAAAUGACUGAUA